GGUGGCGGUAUGCACCGUAAAGUUGCUUGCUAUAAACCAUAAUAGAAAAGAAGAAGAAGAACAACAACAACAACAACUCUCAGCUGUUUGCUGCGUGUUUGUUCCACGCGAGAAAUGGGGGGCAGAGAAUGUUGCGUGAUUAGCUGUGGAAGCAGCUCCCACAGCCACCAGGGCAGGAUGUUCCUGAACGGCCUGAGCUUCCACUGCUUCCCUGCGUGGAGAACGAAGGAAGGCGACUUUAUAUCGGAGCUAACGAGGCGGCGGAGAGACGCGUGGGUGACCGCCGUGGGCCGCAGAGAAAUCACCUUCGACCGCAUCCCGUCCUCCAUGAGAGUCUGCUCCAGACACUUUCUGUCUGGAAAACCAGCGUAUGAGAUGCUGGACUCGGAUCCAGACUGGGUGCCGUCUCUACACCUGGGUCAUGAUGGUGAUGAUGAAUAUGAAGAAAAGUCCUGGAAUAAAAGAAGAAGGUUGUCUUAUGAUGAGAAGCCAGUAGAAGGAGCAGAUGGUGCUGCUGAAGCCAGGAAACCUCCUCCGCCUGCGUGGAAAGAUGUGAAAUCUGCCCUGCAGUCUCUUCUGGAGGGUAAAACCAUCAUCAGUCAGCAGCAGGGAGACGAUGAGCAGAACCAAGGCGCUGAGACGAGGACCGACUCCAGCUUCCGGGACUUCUUCAGGAACGCUCUGGAGUCGUCUCUGGAGGCCUCCAUCCAGGCCAGAGCUCGCUCUAAGAGUCGGCCGCCGUCCACAGAGUACGAAGUGGAGCUGAACGUCAAGCUUCCAUCUUCUCCAGGAGAACCGUCCGCUCUGGAAGAGCCAUCCUCUUCACAACCAUCUUUUUCACCGUCGUGUGCGAACUGCUCCAUGAUGCUGCAGAGGAUUCGAGAGCUGGAGCAGAAGCUGUUUGAAGUCACCAACAAACAUGAGAUCAAAGUGCUGAACAGACCCAAGCAAACGAUCACAGAGGAGACCAGACCCUCUGGGGAAGAGGGUGAGUCACAACAGCCUGUUCCAUCCUGCCCUGCACCAGCCCUCAGCAGCUUCCUUCAAUACAGAAAAAAGAAAAAUGAGGAGCGGUUAAAGCAAAAGGAAAAAAUGAAAGUUCGGAUAAAUAUUGGCUUGAUGGCCAUUCACAAGGAUUGUCUAAAGCCACAGCGUGGAAGAACCAUUUCGCUUGCAACACACCCAGAUGUCUCUGCCGCACCUCUGCUCAGUCUUGCUGUUAAACAAAUGAAGGACUUCAACAAAGAUGUAAACGAUAGACCUUUCCUCCUUCUGUACCCAGAUGGGACAGAGGUAAUUAAUAUCCCUGGGACACAAACACCUUUUACUCUUGCAGCUUAUAAGGCUGAAGUUGGCAAGUCAUAUCAAAGGAUCUCUCUUUUCCUCUGCUUGAGAAGGGACUUUGAAGAAGUUGGAAAAUUGUCAGACUUGUCCGAUCCAAAUUAAGUCCAGACUAAAAUAAUUUAUGGGAGAGACCGAAAGGCCAUAGCCAGAGUGUCUGGAUUUAGUAAAAAUGUACAUGAGAAUUGUACCGACUGGAAAUGGUUGAACUCCUUUUGAAGCAAUACAUGGCAGACCUUUUAAACUUCCUUUGUUUAAAGACACCACACCCCCGCCAGAUGACAGUGAAAAACCUCUAGCUGAUUACAUGAAAGAAAUGUUGCAGUCUAAGGAAGUGUCAAAUUAAAAGAAGAAAUCUCUUGAACCAUA